AAAAGCAUGAAAAUAUAAUAUAUAGAGAUCAGAUUCUUUUUGAGGGGCUAUAUAUAGAUCAGAUUUGAAAUAAUCUAUAGUAGUACAUAGUUUUCCUUCAUAGAGUAGACGAAGAGUCCCCGAUAUUCAAAAUAUGUAUCCCUCGGUAAACGAAGAGAGUCCCAAAAGGAAACAAGGAGCCACAACUCUUCAUUUUCCAUCACCAUCUUCUUCACUCUCAAAAAAAUCAAAAUAAAAUCACCAUCACAUGCCAAGUGAGUUUGGAGGUGGACUUACAUCGACGAAUUCCACAACUUAAAACUGGGAUAUAUCAUAUAUUUGUUCUUGUAAGUAAUACUACUUUCUUAUCUUCUCUUUUGCUUCUAAUAUAUAUAUUUUUUUAAUCAUCUUUCUGGGAAUGUUCUCUGUAGAUAUCACUGGAAAAAGGUUUUCUGCGUUUGGCUGUUUUGGUUGCGAGCAAACUUGGCACCUUGCACUGAAAAACUGAAGGAAGAAGAAAAGGGUAUAAAUUAAGUGAGUUGUUUGUUUUCUGGAACAAGUUGGAAAUAAAUGUAGCUAGGGUUUAAAUGGUUAUGCGUUAGUUUGAUUGCUCAGGGAAGAAGGCGAAGAUCAAACGGAGAGAUGCUUGUCUCUUGGAGAAAGAAGAAGCAAGCAAAUCCAGAUCAGUUGGUCGAUAUCAUUUUCUCUUGGUCCAUAGAUGAUAUAAUGAACAAUAAUCUUUACAAGCAUAAUGUGAAUGAUAUUGAUGAUACGUUCCCAUCAGUGAAGCAUUACCUCAACUCAUUCAUCAACCCACUCAUCGAAGAAACGCACGCUGAUCUGCGCUCCAACAUGACCAGUUUGCAUUCUGCGCCCGUUGUACAGGUCCUCGAGGUUGCAGAAGACGACCACUUUGAGCCGCCGGAUAACUUACUCUACGAGUUGAAACUGGAAGAAGCUGAUAAAACUGCGGAGGAGUAUGAACCGCAAGUUGGUGAUUUGAUUGUACUAUCACAAGUGAGACCAAAGUGUAUAGAUGAUUUGCAUGGGCCUCACUUGUCGUAUCAUUUUGCAUUGGUUCAAGGCAUGAGGGAUGAAUACGACUUUCUUUCAAUCUUAUCUUCCAAGCCUAUCAAUUUAGACAAUGCAGAUGGUGAAUUUAGACACGCAUUGUUUGCUGUCUAUCUUACCAACUUGACAACCAAUCUGCGGAUAUGGAAGGCUUUGCAUCCGGGCGAAGAACCCAAUACGGGCAUCCUCAGUUCUGUUCUUCGAAUUGAUCCAUCUGUAAGAUUCAUACAAGACUGUUUUUUAUGUUUAUGCUGCACACAUUUUUAUUGUGUUUUGAAUAAUGCUGUGCAUGCAGAUGGAGGAGUGUGGUCUUUGCCCUGA